AUGGGCAUGCGGCCGAACCAAGGCUCUACUGGAUUCAUUGGACCUACCGUUACCGCUGCUGGCGCUGUUUUUGGACCUGCUCUGGGCUCGUUUGAGGGUGCGCAGUAUGCCAAUCCUUCUACGCCUGCUAUGAUGCAGAUGUCGAUGCCGAUGCCCUCAGUACAGUCGACGCCUUCGGCGCCCCAGAUGCAGUCUUUGCAGUUAAUGUCGAUGAAUACGCCGAUGAACAUGAGCACAAGCAUAAACCCGAACCUAAACACGGGCACGAGAGUGAACCAGAACCCGAACAUGAGCAUGCCUCCUCCUCCUCAACCAUACCGUCCUGUUUCCGAUGGCCAUCAGAACGCUGCUAUUAGCCUACUUAUCACGAAGCAGCCCCAGAAACACGCUCUUGGCUCCGGUAUCAUUACCCAACCGCACAAGCAGGCCAACCAAACCGAGACCAAGGUUUUGGCUGCGCAGCACAGCUCGAAAGUCGCCAAGGGAUUUCCUGUCAAGCCUCGCAGGGUAAAUUGUCCUCUCCUUCGAGAAGCGAUGCUUGAUGCCCUCGCCCAACUCCCUGUUGAAGACGAAGCCCCCAUUGAACCACAGCCUACAGCUGCCCCCGAGGCCAUCAUCAUCGAUGAGUUUCCGGCCCACGCCCCAGCUGCCAUUCCAGAGGCUGUCCCGUCCGUGCCGAACCUCGAAGACACCCUCGCCGCAAGGGCCAUUCCUCCCGUGAUUGACCAGGAGCGGCUGGACAAGCUCCUCGUCUGUAAGCACUGGUCGUGGCACCACAUGAUAUCCCUCUGUCAGCAGGUCGAGAUUAUGGCUGGGAAUCGCGGCAACGACUACAUUACGUGGCUGCGGCGCCUGGCGAAAAGGCGCGACUCGAGGGGAUUGUGGAACGUGUAUGAGAUUGACGGCUUCUUGUACGAAAUCGAUUUCAACACGGGGGAGGCGGUGGGGAUUCCGAGGAGGGAGUAUAUCAAGGCGGUGGACAAGGUGAGGAGAAAGUGUUGCGCUCCCGUUGUGGAGGAUGUGCAGGAGGAGGUAGACGAGAAGGAGGAGAAGGAGGAGGUGGAAGAAGAGAGUGAGGAGGGGGAGGGAAGAGAAGGAGGAGAAGAGGGCGAGAAUGAGGACGAAAACGAAGAGGUGAAUAAAGCUGAGGAAGAGGAAGAAGAAGAUGUUAUGGAGGAGGAUGAAGAAGUGAAAGAGCAAGCUGAAACGGACAAGCAGAUUGAAAUGGAAGAGCAAGACGAAGUGGAGGAAGAAGAAGAAGAAGGCGAGGUGAUGGAGGAGAUGGAGGUGGUGGAGGUGUCUCAGGCUCUGGUUUGGGGUACUCGCUCGUUCUUGGACCUCUUGGACGACAACGGCGAUGUGCUCCCGCUGGAGGCUUGGGAACAGGAGCUCCGUGACGGCUUGUCUGUCUGAGUUGGAGGGGG